AUGGCAGAGAAGGAGAAGCCGGUGCUCUACGAGCCGUCCCUCGAGGGCAUAACCACCAUCACCAUCAACCGUCCCCACGUCCGCAAUGCGGUGAACCGCGCGGCGGCCGCUGACUUGGCCGAAGCAUUCCGCGCGUUUGAAAAUGACUCGUCACAAAAGGUGUGCGUCCUGACCGGCGCAGGGGACUCGUUCUGCGCAGGGUACGACUUACACGAGGUGGCCGCCGCGAGCGCCCUGCCGCCCGAGCUGGCCAGGAAGCACGCCUCUGCUGCUGAGCCGGUCGACCGCCUCAACGGCGCCAUCGGGCCCAUGGGACCGUCCCGCAUGGCAUUCACCAAGCCCAUCAUCGCGGCCGUCUCUGGGCACGCCGUGGCAGGAGGGCUGGAGCUGUCCCUGCUGGCCGACGUGCGAGUGGCCGACGACACGGCCGUGUUUGGCGUGUUUUGCCGUCGCUUUGGCGUCCCACUCAUCGAUGGGGGUACGGUCCGCCUUCAGAAGGUUGUGGGACUAGGCAGGGCCAUGGACAUGAUCCUUACGGGGCGGGCGGUCUGCGCGGACGAGGCGCUGGCCUUUGGGCUGGUGAAUAGGGUGGUUGCGGGCAAGGGGGAGGCCCUGCGGGAGGCGAGGAGGCUGGCUGGCACCUUGUUGGGGUUUCCCGAGAAGUGUAUGCGGGCCGACUUGGUUUCGGCGCGCUACAGCGCCUACGAUGCCAAGGGGCUGGAGGAUGCCUUGAGGUUCGAGUUUGAACGGGGCGAGAAGGUCAUUCUGGACGAGGGCGUGGCCGGGGCCAAGAGGUUUGACGGCGGAGCCGGGAGGGGUGGCAGGUUUGAUAAUCAUGAUGGGUGUGGCCACGGUGCCAAGAGCAGAAAUGGGAGCAGGCUGUGA